CGCCGCUGCCGAGAGCACGGAGCACGUUUCGCGGCCCGGGGCUCCUCUCUGCGCCGGGGCUCAUCUCGCCAUGGGAGCCGCCCGCCCGUGGGGGCCCGGGCCGUGACCCGCGCCUCGCCCCGCUCCGAGCCAUGCCAGCGUCGCCCCUUCCUGUGAGCUGCGGGCUGGCCGCGCCGCAGCCCUGAGUUGACAUUGUAUCAGCACAGAAGGCAGUAAUGGGAAUAUGCAGUUUUCUAUUGAAGAGGUCUCUCAAGAGCUCAUGAUUUUUUUCCAUCUCUUCUCUUAACAUUCCUCCUGCUCCACAGACAUGGCUCACCAUGCAAGGCCUUCCAGAUCAGCCAAAAAAGAAGAGUUAGGCAAAAGGAAAACUAACCAGAGCAAAAAGAAAUCUAGCCAAGUGCAAAAAAAACCCACAAAGACUUCCACAAAAGCUGUUAGUUCUGGAAAAGGAAAAAAGCCAGUGCAAGAAAAAGAUGUUAAGAAAAAACAGCAAGAAAAGAAACCAAUCAUGAGCUCUUCAAGUAGACUUCUUAGGAGCAGCGUAACCAGAACCUUGUCAGGAGCAUCUUGGGUGACUUUGGAGAAAGCUGACAAUAUCCUUUUUCACAGCCAGGAUUCGUUCAACGUCAAUGGCUUUACAAUGUCUCUCCGUAACCGAUCCUUCUCCCGUCGAUGGUCCCAAGCUCCAAUAAUUGCCAAACCCAGGAAAGCUGCAGCACAAAAAAGGCUGGAAACAAAGGAAAAACAUGAACAAGAAGCCCUGGUGAUAGCAGAAGAGAAAAAUGAUGAACCAGGUGAAAUAACAUUGCAGCAAGAUUUAGCACAAAAUGAGUUAGCUUCUCUGCCUGUGGAAGGCUGUCUGUGUAAUGCACAGGGUGAAGAGACCCCAUGUGCCAGUCAGGACAAGGGCGUGGAAAUACCUGAAAUAGAUGACUCCCUUUCAAACAGUCAGGAAMCUGAUGAUGGUACAGAAGCUUUAGAGGUGAAAUUUAAGCAUGAAGACCUGCCCUGCGAGCAGAUACCCAGUGAUCUUGAUACGGGUAGUUUGGCUGAAGCAUUUGUUGAAGGUGCUGUGCUGGUGCUUCCAUCUUCUUCUGACUCUAUAAUUGCCUCUGAAUCAAACUCAAUGGUGCAUGCAGAGACUCCCUUCAAUGUGUUGCUUAACAGUGCAGAACGUGACUCCAGCUCUGUUGAUACCUCAGACCUCAGCUCAGCAGCACUGAUAGAGUCGGUCACUCUUGCCAAAUCCCACAUUGGAGCGGAGCUGGACAUGGUGCUACCUAGGGAAGAACAAGACUUGGAUUCWGCAUCUCUAGUUACCUCUGAGUUUAACUCACAACAACACUUAUUAGAAGAUGCAAGGUCACUUGCAGAGUCUUGCUUGAAGGCAGGCUGGGAUUUGGAAUCUGAGAAUAAAGACUUUGAUUUAAAUUCCAGUUCUGUAGCUGCCUCUGAAUCAAAUUUGCUUUUACAUUUUGAAGGUGCAAGUUCACUUGCAGAAUACCCCAUGAAACUGGUUGUGGAUUUUGUACCCAUUCACAAAGAACUUGAUUCAAAUUCAGAUUUGAGCUGUACAAGAGAGAAUUCAGAAUUUGACACAAAAAACAUAUUUACAAUAUGUGAACCGGUCUCCAAUACCUCUUUAAACAACAUUCCAGUAGAGGACAUUGAACAGCUUGUUAAAUGUAUUGAUGCAGAGACAUUAAUUUUAAAUUCAGGAUAUGUCCCCACUUUAUCUUCAGAUUUAGAAGAAAGCACAGUUGAUAAAAUCUCUGCUGAAAGCUCUGGACAAUUCUCUGCAGGUUUUGUUUCRGAGUUGCCUUCAAGCAUGGAAAUCUCUGCUCUUGCCUCAGAAAAAGCCAUAAAUGCAGAUUUGCCAGCUGACUCAAGACUGCAGCAUAAUGAUUAUUCAUCACAGCUGGGAAGUGUCGGAGUACGCUGGAAUUUGGUUCAGGACAACGUGAGCAACAGCACUGAAGCAGUUGAGGCCUCAGGGCCAUCCUCUCUUAAAAAUCCAGCUGGUGCUUACCCUGUUCCAUAUUCAUCUUUGCUCCCUAUGCUGGAGAAGAAGAAACGAAGGCGUUGUGGAGUCUGUGAGCCCUGUCUGCGGAAGACAAAUUGUGAGGAGUGCAGCUGUUGCAGGAAGCGCAAAACGAGUCACCGGAUAUGUAAAAAGAGAAAAUGUGAAGAACUGAAAAAACCACCACCACCAAUCAUGCUGCCUUUUGAGGUUCUAACAGAAAACAAAAGGCCUCAGAGGAGGAAGCAAAGAGUUUUAAAGGCAAAUUUAGAAAACAAACCAGUAAAUGGCCGCAGACCAGAACUCAUGGAAUGCAGUAUAUGUGGUCAUGGUGAAAAAUACAGGGUGAAGACAAACCAAGCAGUAGCCAUUGAAAAUGUGCAGUCUAAGGAGAAAGAGAGAAUGACUGGAUUAGAAGCAGAGAAGUGGGCACAUAACGAGAAGCCAUCUUUUGGUGUCCAUGUCAAUGGUGACAUCCAUGGAGCUGUGACAGGCACCGAACACUUGAAACAUGCUGACCACAGUGAAAGAGCAGCCUCUCCCAGUCAGUUCGCUGAGCCAAAAAAACCCUUUGCACAUACCAUCAAAAAUGGCAUAAAAACCCUGCAUUAUUCACCACCAGAAGCAGCUACUUCACUGAAAAAUGUAUCUGUAGAGGAAAGGACAGAUUUGACAAGCAACUCCCACAUGCAAUGGCCUAAGGGUACCAAUCUGAAUAACAUAGUAAGCACUCUGACGACUGGCCCUGGCUGUGUUCACCCAGAAAACCAAGGAAAUGUUGUAAUGAAAGAGGAAAACUGCACUUGCAGCAUCUCUGAGUAUUAUGAUAAGUCCGUUUUGCAGACAGGUUCCAUCUUGGAUCUACAGGAARGCUUGUGUUGUCCUCCACUGCCUGAAGAGGAGCUGCAGGCAGGGAAGGAUGGCUUUGAAGUACCUAAUGUGGAGACACAGCUUGAGAAUUCUGCACUCCAGCCAACUUUCUUGUCCCUGAUUAAAAACAGAAAUUUAACUCUGGAGCAGGUUGUAGCUAUUGAAGCUUUAACACAGUUGUCUGAAGCUCCUUUAGAAACAACUUCACCAGCUAAAACUGAAAGUAUUGAAUGUACRAGGGAAACAACUUCCAACUUGCUCCCUAGUUUUAAAAGGGAUAUCUCGUCCUCCUUCACAUCCUCUGCAUUAAAAGAAAUCAAAGACACUUACUUACAAAAUGAGCAACAGCUCUUGGCUCACUGCACACACUCGCAGAAGCAGCUCCCUAAUAAGGCAGUGUUAUACAAUGGCCAAAGUUUGGUGUCUGAAUUGUGUGAUAAACCUGCCAGUCUGGCUGGGGAGAUGUAUAAAUUACAGUUAUCCUCAGGAGAUACCAAAACUUUAUCUGACUUAACAUCUAAUGCAACAUCAUUUUCAGGAUAUGAUUCCAAGAAAAGUGGUGCUCAUGAACCAGUCCCCMUUGCAGGGUAUUGCAAUGCUUCGUGCAAUGUCCAGCAAACAAGGAAUGACUUGGAAGCUCCUGGCCAGUUAGAGCAAAAGCCAGCAUAUAAUGAUUUGAAAUUGGAAGGUCGUUCUUUGAUUAGAGAAGGAGGAAUUCAUAGCCAGGAUGAAGAGGAUGUAGCUGCACAACUAACUCAGCUUGCAGCUCUGAUUGAAUCAAACCAAACAAAUUCAGAGCAGAAGAGCGACAUAAAGACAUCACUGCUUAAUCUAAUAUCCCAUGAGAGGCAGCCUAACCAAGAUGUGUUGCAGAAAAAAGAAUCUGUAUUUUUUAGGCAUAAUUAUAGUUCCUUGCUGUUAAAGCAAAAGCAAGCAACAAAUAAGAAAGGAAAUGCUGUGCCAUGGAAACCAAGACACAAAAAGAAGCCUCAAGAAGCACGCUAUCAACACAAUAAUCAAAACCAGCCAGAGCUGUUGUCAUGCCAGCAUAGUGAAUUGCAGGACAUUUGGAUAUCAUCAAAACUGCACAAGCUUGGUCAAACCAUGCCACAGGACUCGAGAGUAGCUCCAUCUGAAAAAAAAUCUCCAAGAACCAAAGUACAGAGAGCACUCAGUCAAAAUACUUUAGCAUCRCAAGAAAAAACUAGAUUAUUUCUCCCACAAGCACAGAUAAAAUUCCACAGAUGUUUACCUGAGGCACCGCAGGAGAAAAAAAAAGACAGGUUGUUUGGCUGUGAAGUGGUGAAURAGCAAAUGAAAACUGCAGGCUCCAGUGACCCACUAGGCACUGAUCCACUGAAAAAUGAAAUUGUUGCACGUAGCCAGCAUAGUGACCUGUCCUCCCGUAAUCCUCUGGCUGCUUCACAGCUGAAGACAGCAUCCUUGUUGAAAAGACCAACUGAAAACCUACAGAUGUUUACAGAAAAAUGUAAUUCUCAGGUACAGCAAACGGCAAAUGUCAGUCAGGUGCAUCCUUUACCAACUUUUAACCAGUCUAACCUGAGAGCUAACGAAAUGCGUGGUGAAAAUGGAGCCUAUGUUCAGCAGGUUGAUCCCAAGUCACAGGUGCUGCCUUUUCCCAGUGGUGGGGCCCAGGUAUCAGGUCCUGCUGAAGCUCUCAGGAAUAUGGAGUGUGUGGGUGAGGUGACUGUUCUGACAUCAACCAAUUUGGGUACUGACCACACCCAGAGCACAGGCGACUCAGGGUGUUCCCCAGCAAAAAACACUCUCAGCAGUUUCCUUGAAUCACCUAUGAAGUUUCUUGAUACCCCUACAAAAAAUUUAAUAGACACACCUACCAAAAAAGGACAAUCUGAAUUCCCAACUUGUGACUGUGUUGAGCAAAUUAUAGAAAAAGAUGAAGGCCCCUAUUACACACACCUUGGGACAGGACCAAGUGUUGCUGCUGUGAGAGAAAUUAUGGAGAACAGGUAUGGAGCAAAAGGAAGCGCUGUAAGAAUAGAGGUAGUGGUUUAUACAGGAAAGGAAGGAAARAGCUCUCAGGGGUGUCCAAUUGCCAAGUGGGUGAUACGAAGAAGUAGCGACGAGGAGAAGYUGCUGUGCUUGGUCCGUCAGCGUGCGGGACACCACUGCCAGACAGCCGUGAUCGUGAUCCUGAUCCUGGCCUGGGAGGGGAUCCCUCACCUGCUGGCAGACACGCUGUACAAGGAGCUGACCCAGAGCCUGCGCAAGUACGGCUGUCCCACCAGCCGCCGCUGCGCCCUCAACGAAGAUCGUACUUGUGCAUGUCAAGGACUUGACCCAGAAACUUGUGGAGCAUCAUUCUCAUUUGGCUGUUCAUGGAGUAUGUAUUUCAAUGGCUGUAAGUUUGCCAGGAGCAAAAACCCCAGGAAGUUUAGGCUUCUCACUGAUGACCCUAAACAAGAAGAACUUCUUGAAAAUAAUUUGCAAACRUUAGCUACUGAUGUGGCUCCGGUUUAUAAGAAGCUUGCUCCAGAAGCCUUCCAGAACCAGGUGGUAAACGAGCACAUGGGCCCUGACUGCCGGCUGGGCUCCAAGGAUGGUCGGCCCUUCUCUGGUGUCACUGCAUGCAUUGAUUUCUGUGCCCAUGCCCACAAGGACACACACAACAUGCACAAUGGGAGCACUGUGGUCUGUACGUUAACGAAGGAAGAUAACCGGAGAGUGGGGGUGAUUCCAAGCGAUGAACAGCUCCAUGUGCUGCCCCUUUACAAAAUCUCACAAACAGAUGAGUUCGGCACUGAAGAGGGCCUGGAAGCCAAGAUUAAAGCCGGAGCCAUACAGGUGCUCACAGCRUUCCCCAGAGAAGUGCGAAUGUUGGCUGAGCCUCUCAGAGCUACCAAGAAAAAGAAACCAGACACAAGAAGGACCCCAACUGAAAAGCAGCCAUUAACAGAUAAAAAGUAUUCAACACCAGUAAAACUGAAAACUGAAGCCCCAGAAAAUCUUGGCAACACUUUGCAUUGUUUAGGGAACAAAACAGAUGCUUUAAAACCUGGAAUAAAAAUGGAGACUUCCAACCACCUCUACGCCAUGAAACAUACUUCAAACACUACUAAAAAUUGCUCUUUAUUAAAACAGUACACRGCUUCCUCYCCCUUCAAGGUGGAUAGUUUACAUCCUUAUCCAUCUCUCGCACAUAAGCCUGGCCUAACAGCAGUGACUAAUAUUCAACAAGAUUUUUCAGUUCCCUACGGGUAUUUUGAGUGCAGUACCAAGCAACCUCACGUGACACCUUAUGUUAAUUGCAAGAACUUUGAUGUGUCGGUCAAAGAUUAUACUGGAAUUCUGCUGAACGAUAAGGUGAAUGGUGUGCCACCGAUUCUUCCUGAGGUCACUGCUCCAGGCCCCCCAGCUCACAAAGACCCCCUGCCCACUAUACUUGAACAUCAGCCAGACAAACAGAAUUGUCAGCUUCAGUUGGACAAUUCUGUUUCGUCAGAGAUGAUCAGCUCUUGUGACUCAUCAGUACCGCUAAGCUCUUCGGCAAAGGAUGCCGUCGGAAACGAAGCUGACUGUUCCCAUGGAUGCCCAAUGGAAAAGGGUGGCUCCCAUCGAGGACAGGUAUGUGAUUUUGACUGUGUUGAUGAAAAGCAAAACAGUGCACUGGGACAACCGGCUGAUUCUGAAGAAAAGGCUGAGGAAUUGUGGUCAGACAGCGAGCACAAUUUUUUGGAUGAUGACAUUGGUGGGGUUGCUGUGGCRCCUUCUCAUGGUUCUAUCUUAAUUGAAUGUGCAAGACGUGAACUCCACGCUACCACACCAAUUAAAAAACCCAACCGCAAUCAUCCCACAAGAAUUUCUUUAGUUUUUUACCAACACAAAAAUUUAAAUGAGCCAAAACAUGGUUUAGCCAUGUGGGAAGCAAAGAUGGCCGAGAGGGCAAAAGAAAAGGAAAAAGAAACAGAGCGAUUAGGAACGGAGAAUCCUGAACUGAACUCUAGCAACAGGAGAGCAAAGCAACCAAGUGAAAACAGAGAUAUUUUUUAUGAAGACAACGAGUUCAACCAAAUUCCAUCCCGGAGAGCAUUAACAGUAACCAAGGAUAACGUAAUCACAGUAUCUUCGUAYGCCCUGACACGAGUGGCAGGGCCCUACAACCAUUGGGCAUAGGUGUCAGUGUGGUGUGCCCCUCCUGGUGCAGCGUAUUUCUUUACGGUGCUGUUAAAGAACAAGUCUCGCGUCGUUUACUAUUUGCUCAUCUCAACCAUUUUAAGGCUGAGGUAAAAACAAAAAAAAGGGGGGGAUUUCUUCUUAAACUGUGACUUUACCAUUUGGUGGUGCUCAAGCACAUUUUAAGCAAAAAAAAAAAAUUGUAUAGUUUUAAUACAUUCUAAAAAAGAUUUUCUUUAGGUUAUUAACCUUGAUUGAAUCAUUCAGUUUAUUACCUUUAGGAAUUUAUAUUUUGGUGCUUUAAAUCGUCUGUUUACUACAAAAAUCAUUUAUAGGGAUUUUAACAGGUUCACAUUUUAUGGUGUUAAAUCAAGUUAUACAGUUAUAGCUCUACACAGCUCUUGGUGCUUAACCACAUCAAACAGUUUAAAAUAAAUAAGCUGAAUUAUUACUUCAUGGUGCCAUUGCUUUAACAACUUCCAACCAUUGCUAUAUAGUCCAAAUCACAGAUAAAUCUUUUAGAAAACCAAUUAAUUUUGUUCUUUAGAUUUGUCGUUAUGUAUAGAAUGAAGUUAUUGGUAAUGAUGGCUGGAAGUUGUUUUUAAGCUGUAAAUAUAUAUUUUAAAAGCACUUUCUAUUUUUAAAAUUAACUUGAAAUAGUAUAGUAUAAGGAUCAUAUUGUCUAAGGUUUGUGCAUACUCUACAGAAGAAAUGAUUUUAUUCUUGCUGUGUAGAGUUCCAUAGUGUUACAGCUACAGGAUGUAUGCUGAUAGCAUAUGUGGUUUUUCUUAACUUGCCCUUUUUCAUUGAAGAUUUUAUGUUGCAUAUAAACAACAGUUACCAAUUACAGAACCUUUUUAUUCUUUUUCAAGAGAGUGUACAAACAUGAAAUGAGGAGAUGUCUGGUCAAUACGUGUGUUGCUAUUGGGAGUUACAAAUGUUACUUGGUUUUUUAAAGGCAUUUGUUAUGGUUUCUUUGAGUGAUAAGUGCAUCAGUCUCAUUUGUUUGCAGCAUUCUAAGUUAAUAUGGCAACCAAAUGUUCCUAAUGCCUCAGGGGUAUGAUUGUUUUGGGAUAAAAAAAUACCCCCUAGAGUUGCCUUACUCUAUUCUGAUAAAAAAAUAAUUUGGGAAAAAAACAAAGGAAGUGUUGGAAAACUACCAAAUUUCUACUAUUGAACAGCAUUUUUUUUAAGAAUAACCUAUCUGGAAUAUUCGCCAGCUUUGAGUUCAGUUUUUUUACAAAAAUAUUUUGUAAAUUUUUAGAGCAAUUUAUACAUUUCACAUGGAAAGGGUUGUAUCCUUCCUUAAAAUUUAUAUUCUUCAUUUCUGUUGAGAAAGUGACAUAUGAUGAAAAAAGUAUUUGCUAAACCAGAGGAAAAACAGACACUCCAUUUCUUUUAAAUACUGUAGCAUCCCACUCUUCUUUCUGAUUCUCCUCUCCUAUGUAUUUCUUGUUUAAACUUAUUUAUUUAAACAAAUUACCAAAUGACAUUAGCUAAGGACUGACCUUGUCCUGCAACUUCUUCCAUGCGAGCCCAUCGGAGCCAGGAGGAGCGGCGAUGCCAGGACUCCCCUGGGGUCUGAACACUGCAGGAUCAGGCCCACAAARCUGUCCCUUCCUUCUGCCUUGGUGCCCGCCCCAGCUGGGGAACCUGUAGGCAGAAGGAAGUAACUUUUCCAGUGUGAAAACAUACUAAUAAUAUACUUGAUAAUAUUAUACUGUAGUGGUGCUGUAUAGAGGAAUAUGAACUAUCUAGAUCUGCUUUUAUUUAAAACUCAGAUAAGGUGCUUUCUCCUUGAAAAGCUCAAGUGCAAGAACUCUAUUUACAGUUUCGGUACGAAAAGUACAUCAWUGGUGUUUUGAAUACAUAGUGCCAGUCAGGACCUUGGUGCUACCAUUCCUUUGGUGCGGCUGUAGAUCCAUGAGAUUGUUCUCCUGGAACCAUGUGCAGUGUUUGUAGGAGCCAGGUCUGAAGYAGCAAUCACUAUGUAAUGAUCUUGGAUUCAAUUCUACAGACUCCUGUUCAAAUUAACAAAGCUAUUGAUGGCAGAGGAUGGAGGAAUUGAACCAGUUCCUUGUAUCUUACCUAUUUUAAGUAAAACUUGUAAAAACCGGGUAUGCUGCAAAUUUUAGUUGAAAGCUUAAUAUUAGUUCAAAUAGAGAGGAUAUGAAGGGAUUGUAAAUAAUGGUAAAACAGAACCAAUAUUAUGCCAUUGUUUUGUACCAGCAGUUUUAUGCUUAUUGACUAUGUAAUAUACAGUAUACAUCAAAUCAUUAUGGUAUUUUGUGUGCCUUAGAUUUCCAUUUUAAAACUUGUAUAUUUUUGGUGAGCUGAAGAUUAGUAGGAGUUGCAGCUGUCCAUACAGUCAGUAGUACUGUACAUUCCCUAGAUGUUCCAGUCAUGUAUUUGUCCCACACCAUGUACAGAUUCAUUUAUUGGUUUMAUUGAUAGCCCUGACAGCUUCAGUCACUGUAAUGCUGUAAUUGAGCACUCCCAUGUGAUAAACUUUCUACACAAAAUUAAUAAGUUACAGAACCAUCUCUUUACCUUUUACAAUGUUCAUACCAUUAAAGUGGAUCAUUUUUACUUGGAUCUUCUAUAAAUGCCCAUAUUUAACUUAUCAGAAACUUCAGAUAAAAAUGUUCCAUUGAAAAACCAGCAGCUUCCCUCUAAGAAUUGAGGCACUGAAAGGUGGAUCUGAAAGGAUCCCUUCAAACGGGUAGCCCAGGUCUAGGUCUACCUUUUUUUGAAAUGGCAAUUCUAACAAUGAAACGUGUAUCUUAACAUAACUAAUGCUAUUWACUGAUAGGUGCUAAACUCACAGUUACUAGUUCAUUAAUACUACUUACAUGAGAGGAAUAUAUCAUCUAUACAAUAACAUAUCACCCACGGUGCUCUUUCCCUGUCUAUCACUGCUUUUUCAACAUCUCCUACCAGGCAGGUUGGCCACUUCCACUUCCUGCUGGACAUGUAGCAGGUUGUGAUUUGAGAAACUGGUGCUUUCUAUUGUUGUACUGCAGUAUAGAAAAUGCAGCUAUUUACUGGUUUUAAAACUCUGUGCUAUUUCUUGUAACACUUCAGAAUAUUUAUCAGUCUUGUACACAAACUGCAUGGUUUUCAGUAMGGUUAUCAUUUUAUAACAGUAUUUAUCUCUUAAAAUCUUCAACUCUGUGGGUCUGUUCUUUCCUUUGCUGCCCACAUAACCACUUGUAAUUUGCUCUUAUGUCUUAACUAAUUCCUACUGGGAUARCCAGACCAGGAGCUACAUCUAAAAUUAAGGUAGCUAGCUAGCUAGGUCACACCUGCAUGUUUUACUUGGUUUCCAUCAGCUAGCACAAUGUUCUGGGUGGAAAACCAGCACGUGGAUUCCUGUGUGGGCUGGUAGUGGGGUGUGCUUGUCUUUGGAUCAUUUUUUACAGUGUGCUAGCAAAAACUGUCAUGAUCCAAUAUAGGACACCUCUGACUUCCCAGAAGAAAUGUGUCUCAUCCCUUCGUCUACUGAAUCCGGUAUCACGACUCCACCUCCCCUAUGGAGGGGAAAAGCAGUGCUUAUUGCAGGAGCCGGUUCUGUUUGAGUCCCUGUGGCAGUCAGUGCAGUUGUGUCCAAUUACACAGUGAAUUUACUGAUUUUUCACAUGCUAUUGUAUUGCAGGAAAUAGAAAGGAGUAUUUCUGUAAAUACUUCAGUCACAAGAUUCAAGAAGCUUUAUAACGACUUAACAAAUACUUGAAAUUUCCAACCUGUAACAGUUGUMUUCAGAUUUUUUUAAGGAGUUUCUAGGCUAACUUAAGAAUCUUAACUGCUGGUUAACAUCCUUGUCUUACCUAUGGCAGUGCUUCUCUAGAGUAGAACAGGAAAUAACUGUAAUAUCUUGAGCAACAUUUUAUGUUAAGCAUGGGUAAAUGACAACUUGUCUAGUACUUAAGAUUCUUUGUAACACAUAACUGGAGUUUUUUAAAGACCUUUUUCAUUUUAUUGGAGCAUUGACUAAAUUCGGUGGGUUAGAUUUGGGUCCUGCUCACACUGCURCAGCCCUGCUGACUGCCAGGUGCUCAUUCAUUGAGUUUUCCUGCCAUUUCCAUAUUUAACUGGAUGGAUAUGGACAACAGUUGAGCAAAUUCUGUACCAACUCAGAGGUCAGUCUCGCUCUUACACUUCCCAUGCAACUUCUCUCAUGCUGAAAUUAACUCAAUUUAUCAAGCAAUCAUCAGCUUUGAUCAUCCAUUGAUAUAUGUAGUGGUUUUCUUUUCCAUAGAAAUCCUCCAAUUUCUAGGUUAUCAGAAGGAAAUAGCUAUGCCCUGAGACAUAUGAAAAGCUCAAUUGCAUGGCCACUUUCAUGCUUUGUGUAUGUUAACAGCAGUUACAUUCAAGCAGUGUGGGACAAACUUUUUCAGUCUUGUAAUCACUAAAAUUUAGAUCAGGGUCUUUGUGACCUCUACUCCAUAAAAUUGWGUUUCAUUUCUUGUGUGAAAGCUGUCUGCCAAUACGUGACCUGUGAUGAUCUGAUCUUAAAUAACAAUUAAAGAUGAGGAACAGUCCAAUCAUAUUUGGGAAUUCUGGCUUUAUUUUAUCAGAUGUUGAUCUGACCUGCAGGAGUAUGUGUGGAAGGAAUAUUGUCCCAUUGACUAUUGUGACAUCAUGGUACUGCACUACAAUGUCUGUGUCACAGCACUGUUCUAACCAGUAAGAUGUUUGUGGRUAUUGUGUACAAAUUCACCCCUUUCCACAGUUCCUCCACAGACAGCAAUCUCUCCUUUGGUCUCUGCCUGCAUAUACUGGUUUAAAAAAAAAAAAGCCCAGGAGAGAGAGAGAUCACUCUUUCUUAGUCUGCCUAGACAAACAAUGUAGCAAGCACURCUGUCAUCACCAGCCUGCUGCCCCUUCCCAGCAUCAAGAUAGAGAAUACAGAAAGCUGAUGGGAUGCUGGCUCGCCUUGAUGGCUUUUAAGGUCUUUUCCAGCCUUAAUGAUUCUCUGCACAGCAUAAGUAAGUCACAGGCAAAAUUGUGAAGGUGCAAUUGGUUUUUGAGUGAACCUACUAUAUGCAUGUGGUUGCCAGGGUACUCCUUUAAAUUAACACUUCUUUUGGUCCAUCUGACUUUCAACUCAGUAGCAUAUUUUAUUUAGUCUGUGACACUUUUACCCUUGAGUCUAUAAUAGUGACCAGUAUCAAGUCCUGAGGAUGUGGCUAAUUACUGAAACAGUUCAGGAAGUGGUUUCAGUCUCUUCUGGGAUUACCUGAUGUUCAGUCAUUCUUCAUAAGGUGUCUACAUGCUGCUUGCUACAAAAUUGUAGGGGAAAGGGUUUUACAUUUGAGGUUUCCCAAAAGACGAAGGAUUUCUAAAAGGAGAGCUUGAUCWGGCACCAGGAUAUGUACGGAUUACUUCUUCUAAGGAGUGGUUGAAAAUAUGCUGUGUUACUUCCCUGUUAAAACAUUUUUGGUUCUUUCAGAGAAUAGGCAAAACUUUAAUACUGUCACAUACUUGACUGAAUUAUGAAGACUUAGUUCUACACGAUGCUGUGUUGUCUCCCCGCRGAACAUUUAAUUUGGCUAGUGUUGGUUAGUAGGUAUCACUUCCUACUCAGUACAGGUGACACUCCAGCCACCUUUCUCACUCCUUGGUCUUUCUGGAUCAUCUGCUGUGGUUAGCUAUGGUCACAGUUAGUGCUGGCUCUAACUGUCUAGCUGUCAUCUGCUGCUGGAUGCUUUCAAUGCGUGUAACUGCUCCAAAGGUUCUUCCCUUUGCAGAUCUGCUUCAGCAUUCAGCCUAAGCAGCACAGCUGUCAGCCUGCCCUUGAGUCUCCCUGCACACUGUCCUGCUUUGURAGGAAAUCAGCCAUCUUCAUCUCAUGAAUGUCACAUGAAGCUAUUUUCCUUGGGACUCCCUCUAAAAUCCACUUCUUUCAGUCACCUGGAAUGGGCUGCCCAGAGAGCUUAUGGAUGUGCCCCAUCCCUGAAGUGUCCCAGGCCAGGYUGGAUGGGGCUUGAAGCAAUCUGGUCUAGUGGAAGGUGUCCCUCUCCAUGGCAAGGGCUUGGAAGAAGGUGAACUUUAAGGUCCCUUACAGCCCACACCAGUCUGUGAUUCCRUGAUCAUAUAUUCUAUGUGUGACAGUUCUAGGGCUUUUACUUUAUGUUCUCUCAUAUAGAGCCUAAAACAUUGCAAGUGGGAUUUUUUUUUUAAUUCCAGUGAAGAGGAACAGUUCAUUAUCUAUCACAAUCACUGUUUUCUUUUUUAUUUUAAUCAAAUAAUGUUUUCUGAUAAAUUUUCAGAUUUUUUUUCUGUAGUUGUUACAAUCUGUUCUUAUAUCUGUAAGUAGCCAAACAAAAGAGACUUUGCAAAACUAGAAAACCAAUCACCUGCUGAGAAUGACAAGUCAUCCCUUCUCAAAAUACAGGAUUUUUUCAUGUUGGUAGCAUUUCUGUGGAAUGGCCUGUCUUUUGAGUACUCUUAACAGCUCUGCUCAGUUCCUGACAUAAGACAGCUGCUGCAACCCUUGCAUGAUUGCAAAAGCAGGAGUGUUUCUUUACAUCUUCUGGUCAGAUGAGUUACAGUCUUUGUGAGAUACCCAAAAAUUAUGUAAGUUAAAUGCCUGAACUAACAUAGAACUGCUUGGAAAAAAAUGUUCUUCCUCUGUGGCAAAAAAUGGAAUUGAAGGAGCUUGAGCAGAAAAUAAUUAAGUAGUUACUACCUAUUAAAGGGUAUUGAGGUGUCAUCAUCACUAUUUCUUUAUGACUUUCUGAGACAUAAAGACUUUAGGAUUCUUUUUGCAAUCCAGUUCCCCCAUCACCCCAAUAAUUGCUUAUGGUGUUUAGCCAUGUACUGCUAGCUUCAGUUUCAAAAGAUGCAAGAUGCAUCUUGAUGCUGCACCCUUAAUUCUUCCAGAGAGAGUAUUUUCCUUUCUUCUUCUACUGGGUUGUUUUAUAUGGCAUUUUUCCACACACACACUUAUAUUCAAAUGCUAGAAUCUUCCAACAGCAUACUUGCAKUGAAAGCAAGACAGGUGCUAAACAAUGUGAAGGUGACUUGCUCUGGGCUGACUGAUCAAUGGUGCUGUUUUCAACAUUUUGCACACCAUACACACAUUCCUCAUAGAGUCACAGAAUGCAGGUGUACACUUCAAGAUGUAUUUUUUAGGGAGGACAGGUUUGGCACUUAAUCCACAGAGUUACCAGUUACAGCAGAUGAACUGUGUUCCAAAGAGGUGCUGUUGCAGUGGAGCAAGGAAACUGCUAAUUUUGAUGUUCAGUAGUGCAGUUGUUGCCACAGAACGUUUUAAUGCUGUCGUGGAAAGUUUUGUGACCUGAUCAAUAUUUUACAUGUAUAUCUGUAUUUUUAUUAUAUUGUAAUGGAAAAGGGUCUAGGGUUUGGGAGUUGUCUUAAAGUAAGAAUGGAGGCCCUGAUUCUCAUUUAUACAUACUACUGUCCUUUAUAUUGCUUUGAAAGGAUAAAGAGGCCUUAAAUGGAUGUCACUUUAACUUACAUCCUUCGGAGUAUGCCAUCACACUGAUCAGAGUAUAAAAGGUCAGUAGUAUAAAUCAAAACAAUUACCAAAUGACUAAUUUGUACAAUCAUCUGAAAUAAAUUUCAUGGUAUGCCUACUGUGCACAAACUGGCCAGUAACAUCCAGAUUGUUCUUAGUUUAGAAAUACAGGUUAAAAAGAGACCAGCUUGGGUUUUACCAGGUUUUAGGUAAUUGCAUAUAUUGGCUAGCCUUUGCCCAAUGCUGUCUACAGCAACAAUAUGGUAAAAAAUUUGUACUUCUAGGUAAUGGCCAGCUCAGAAAUCUCAGAAAAUUUUCAGAAAUACUAUUUUUAAGCUUUGGUAGUGUUUCUUAAAAUAUUUGCUUCCCUUUAUCAUAACUUGGAUCCCUUUUACUUGAUUAAUAAACUGGGGUUGUGACAAUCUACUGAACUCCCUUCUGUCCUGACUUCACACCCAACAGAGUGUGCAGUUACCACACUCUGGUGAGUUUGGGGACAUAAAGCUAAAAGCCAACACUUUCUGCCUUCCCUGACUAUGGUGCUACUUGCCAGGGAAAACCCUGGCAUUGCUCUGCAUGCCUGAGUCCUGCAGAGCUCCCCUUGCUGCCCGUGGAAGUUUUAURUAAACAACAGCCCCACUUCAUUGCAGUUAUGCAAUGCAAUGCAAACUUCUCAUUCAAAAAAAAGUUUAAGGAAAAGGAARUACACUUUCCUUCUUAAAGUUUUACACUGCAGUGAUACUGCAGAGCCUAAUUAGAACAUAUAUUAUGCCAAYUUUGUGAAUGCCUGUCUAAUCCAUGCCACUCAAAAGGCAGCAGCUGAACUUCAUCGGUCUCUUGUCCUCUAAAUGAAAAAAUAAUUGUAGUCAAGAAGAACAAAUGAGACAUCCCAGUACUGCUAAAAGAAAGCCAGUUCUAACCAAUGCAAACAUUCAUACAUUUCAGUCUUCACCGGUGAAUUACUCUACAAUUAUUUCUUCAGUUUGGAAGAUACAGCUCUUCAUAAUGUGACAAUAUCACGCCAGGUCACAAGUACUGAUCAGAAUUAGCUGUCAUUAGGAAACAUAAAUAUGUAAGGACACACUGUACUGAAAUGCUAUGGCUAAUUAAUUCCUUCCUGUUUUAGGAAGAUAAAAGAUUAACAAUACGCCAAAGCAAAAGAAAAAAGGGUCAUGUGGUUUUUUUCCUUCUCCUUUUCUCUCCUUCUUUCUUUCCUUGGGAUGCAUUUGAUACUUAUUUUUCRACUUUGAAUUUGAGGUUUUAUUUCCAGUUACCAACCUACUGUAUUGAAAUCUGGAACAUAAAAUUUUAAACAUUUUAAAGCAAAAGAUUAUAUACAGGGAGAAAAAAAUCAGAAAGAAAAAGCACUUCAUUAUGUCACAGUAUUUACAGGAGAAAAUAUAAAAAUUACUUCUUUUCUCAAAAACAUUUGGGGCCUGAUUCUUUCCUAGUAUAACUGAGCAUCGCUCCCUGAGACUGGUGGAGCUGGGCAGAGUUAUGCCAGCUGAGAAACUGAACCUUAAAAUCUUUGCAGACAAGGGAACCCUUACCAGCAGUACUUGAAGACUUGUGAGUUGUGACUGCAUGUUACUUGAAAGAUCUAACUAAGCUAUGUUUUUUGGUGCAAGCAGUUGUACAUGAUUUCAUGUUUAUGUAGCAAGAUGCAUUGAAAUGUUGAUACUAGUAUUGAAACAUACAUGUAAAAAUUGUCGUUGUGGAAAUUGUCUGUUCUGUUCUAUUUUUCUUGUGUGUCUCAUCUGUUUAGAACGUAAACUUUCUUUUUUAUUAUUGUCCUAACUGAAUAAGGCUAAAUGAAUACUGUAAUUGAAAAUAUAUUUUAAAUCUUGUCAUGAGUUUUUAAAAAGACUAUUACAAAUUGUAUCAUUCCUGAUCACACAGAACUUUGUG